GUUACUAUUAUCUGUGUGUUCAAGUAAUUGGAAUCUGGGAAUUUAUUUGAAGGAGCUUUCAAGUUCGUAUUUAUAUGGUGUAUAAGUACAUGUACAAGUCGAUACUGAGGCUGAGAAAGGGCGGGGAAAGCAAGAGAGCGUCGAGUUCAGAGCCUAAUGAGAAGAAGAGCGUUCAAAGCUCGAAUGCGAAUUUAGGUUCGAGGAAGGCGAGGAGGAGAUGGAGGUGUGUGGACAAUUGUUGCUGGUUUGUGGGUUGCAUAUGCUCGAGUUGGUGGGUGCUGUUGUUCAUGUACAAUGCAAUGCCGGCGUCGUUUCCGCAGUACGUGACGGAGGCGAUCACCGGGCCGUUGCCGGACCCGCCCGGCGUGAAAUUGGCGAAAGAAGGGCUGAGGGCGAAGCAUCCGGUGGUGUUUGUGCCUGGGAUUGUUACCGGCGGGCUGGAGUUGUGGGAAGGGCACCAAUGUGCUGAGGGGCUGUUCAGGAAGAGGCUCUGGGGUGGUACCUUUGGUGAAUUGUAUAAAAGACCAUUGUGCUGGGUGGAGCAUAUGUCGCUGAACAAUGAAAGUGGACUGGAUCCUUCUGGUAUAAGGAUCAGGCCUGUUUCUGGACUUGUUGCAGCUGACUACUUUGCACCAGGUUAUUUCGUAUGGGCAGUUUUGAUUGCCAACCUGGCUCGGAUUGGAUAUGAGGAGAAGAACAUGUAUAUGGCUUCCUAUGAUUGGAGAAUCUCAUUCCAGAACACUGAGGUACGGGAUCAAACUCUAAGCAGGAUGAAAAGUAGCAUAGAACACAUGGUAGACACAAAUGGUGGCAAGAAGGUGGUUGUAAUUCCACAUUCAAUGGGUGUUCUAUAUUUCUUGCAUUUUAUGAAAUGGGUCGAGGCACCUGCUCCAAUGGGAGGUGGUGGUGGGUCAGAUUGGUGUGCGAAACACAUAAAGGCUGUGAUGAACAUUGGCGGGCCAUUUCUGGGUGUUCCAAAAGCAAUCGCGGGAUUAUUCUCUGCUGAAGCCAAGGAUAUUGCCGUUGCUAGGGCUAUGGCGCCAAGUUUUUUGGACAGUGACAUGUUUAGCUUUCAAACUUUACAGCACGUGAUGCGAAUGACUCGUACGUGGGAUUCGGUAAUGUCUAUUAUACCAAAGGGUGGUAACACCAUCUGGGGUGGCCUUGAUUGGUCCCCGGAAGAAGGCCAUGAGUGUAAUCCAAAAAAGCUGAAGAACAAUAAUACUCACCAAGCAGCCAACAUUGUUACAGGAAUUUUAGGUAAUGCAACUCAUGCAAGAUAUGGAAGAGUAAUAUCGUUUGGGAAGGAUGUAGCCGAAUCACAUCCAUUGGAGAUUGAGAGAGUUGACUUUCGGGGUGCUCUUAAGGGCAAUAGCCACACAAAUACUAUUUGCAGUGACGUAUGGACUGAGUACCAUGAUAUGGGUGUUGGGGGUAUCAAAGCCGUUGCAGACUAUAAAGUUUACACGACUGAAUCUGCUUUGGAUCUUCUCCAUUAUGUCGCCCCAAAGAUGAUGAAGCGUGGCUCUGCUCAUUUUUCACAUGGAAUUGCUGAAAAUCUAGAUGAUAAAAAGUAUGCGCAUUACAAAUAUUGGUCAAAUCCCUUGGAAACGAAAUUACCCGAUGCACCUGACAUGGAAAUCUAUUCGAUGUAUGGUGUUGGGAUUCCAACUGAACGAGCAUAUGUAUACAAACUUAGUCCUGUAUCUGAGUGCUAUAUACCUUUCCAGAUUGACACAUCAGCAGACGGUGGAGACGAGAGCCCUUGCUUGAAAGGUGGUGUGUUCCAUGUUGAUGGGGACGAGACAGUCCCUCUCUUGAGCGCGGGCUAUAUGUGCGCAAGAGGUUGGCGGGGAAAGACCCGGUUCAAUCCAUAUGGAAUCCGUACUUACAUUAGAGAGUAUAACCACAACCCUCCAGCUAACUUGUUGGAGGGUAGGGGAACUCAGAGCGGAGCCCACGUUGAUAUAAUGGGGAAUUUUGCGCUGAUUGAAGAUAUCGCGAGAGUCGCUGCAGGAGCUACAGGAGAACAUUUGGGAGGAGAUCAAGUGUACUCUCAGAUUUUCAAAUGGGCUGAAAGGAUCAAACUGAGACUCUAGAUUACAUAAGGGACCAUGAACGAAAACAUCAAGGAGAGGGCGCUGGUUCAUGUUAAGAGCCCGAGAACUAGAUGAACCAUUGCUGUAUAUCUGCUGCGAGUUUUUAGUGUAUGUGUACACUGAAAACAUGAUGGCAAUCAUAUACUGGAAACUGGAAAGCUUAACCAUCAUCUCUGGCUCUGCACAAAAUCUGAGCAUUUGCUGAUGUUUUUUCACUGUAAUUACCACAGCUUCUAAUCGGCUUGUUGAUGCUUAUUUAGCAGUUAACACAGUGGCUUGCAACAAGAGAGUAUUUCCAACCAUUCCACUAUUCUUUUAAGGUUGUGUGUACAUAUUGUAUAACAAUUAUUGUGGGAAAGUCUAGUGUGCCUA